AAGAAGAGGUUGGACUUCCCUCCCGGAAGUGACCCACGUGCUUUUCAUUUCGCCUAGCUGGGUGCCCGGCAACUUUUUACUAUUGACCCGAAAUUGGGGACGUCGUGGGAUCUGUGACCUGCCCCAGGCCGUGGACUAAAGACCAGGAGGCUAUUCUCCACGGUGCUAGGUUGACAUGGAUCCGCUUAGAGCCCAGCAGCUGGCUGCGGAGCUGGAGGUGGAGAUGAUGGCGGACAUGUACAACAGAAUGACCAGUGCCUGCCACCGGAAAUGUGUGCCUCCCCACUACAAGGAAGCAGAGCUGUCCAAAGGGGAGUCUGUGUGCCUGGACCGAUGUGUAUCCAAGUACUUGGACAUCCAUGAGAGGAUGGGCAAAAAGUUGACAGAGCUGUCUAUGCAGGAUGAAGAGCUGAUGAAGAGGGUACAGCAGAGCUCUGGACCCGCAUGAGGCCCCAGGCAGUGUACACCUGGGGUGCACCUUGCCACUUACCCGAUUUAAGUGUUCCCUAAUGGGUGUCGUAUGUGAAAACUGUCAUGCUUAGGCUCACUGGAGCGUCUCCAGGACCCCUGGGUGUGGUAGAGCUCUCCUGACUAAAGAAGGGGAAUUUGUCACGCUGGUUUGUGACUGUGUAUGUGUGUAUAUGUAUAUAUCUGUAUUAAAACAGAUUUGUGAAAAGCA